GGCCGUGUCAAGCGUGAUGGCACGAGCAAACGACAGCGCAGGCGCCGCCGGCAACAGCAGCGAGAAAAAGAAGAAAAGAGGGGCUUUCGCACUCAUUUUCGGAUGUGGGCGCCGACUCCACCGCCUCCCCCCGGCAGCACUUUCGCCCCCACCUCUACAGAGACCGAAAGCAAGGAGGGACAGUUUGAGGACGGGGCGGUUGUGUUCGAGGUUGAGGGAGGUCGAGACGACGGUGACGAGCUCUGCAAUUGGUUUGGACAAGAUGCCAUGGAGCAGGUGGAUGUGUGUCUGGACGCGUGCAGUUCCGCGUCUGAGGGGCUCAUCUUUGGGGGAUACGCUGGCGACUCGGCUGACUGCACGUCGUCAGAAGAGUCUAACAUGGAGUGGAGCGACGUGGAGCAGACGUUGGAGCAGACGCCGAAGCAGCCGUCGCAGGGAGCGUUGCAGAAUCCCGAUCGGUGCGCAGAUCGAGAUUCCGCCGCACAGCGGAAAUCAUGCCGCAUCCAGCCGGCGGCUACUGCCGCGGCGCGGGCGCGGAAACCGCGGCCAAAGGGCUUGCCAGCUGGCCCAGGAAGAGGAAAGAAGGAGAAGCAAUGUAACCCCAAGCGCAGGAGAGUGUCUCGCAAGGAGCAACGAAGGCGGGAGAGAAGGUCGAAGAAAUCCGGGAGACGGCGCGCAGUGCGGGAAGCGGCGCGUUUAAAGUUGUAGCAAGAGCGGCUAGAGAUAUUCGAACAGGCGAAGGGUAUUCUUUUCCGGCGGUCCGACACUUCCGGUUGGAAAAC